GAGAGCAGCGCGAGCCCCCUCUGUGUAUGGGUGUUUUUGUGCCUUCCUGCGCGCGUGCUUCGGUGGUAUGGUUUUAUCUGCUCGAGCAGAUGCAGCUAAUCUUUGAGUCAGUGGGGAGGAAAAAGUGAGCGUCGCGCGCCAGCUGGACAACAUCAGGAUGUCUGCGGAAAAGCUGGAGAAAAAGAAGACGUUAGAGUUGAGGAAGAAGCAUAUUGGGCCAUCCUGUAAGAUUUUCUUCAGCCAUGACCCUAUCAAGAUUGUGCGAGCCAAAGGCCAGUACAUGUAUGAUGAGAAAGGACAGCGCUACUUGGACUGCAUCAAUAAUGUGGCUCAUGUGGGCCACUGUCACCCAGAUGUGGUGAGGGCUGGAGCUGAGCAGAUGGAACAGCUUAACACCAACUCACGGUUCUUGCAUGAUAACCUCGUACUGUAUGCCCAGAGGCUGCAAGCCACACUGCCUGACAAGCUGUCUGUGUGCUACUUUGUCAACUCUGGCUCUGAAGCCAACGACCUGGCACUGCGUCUGGCAUGGCAGUACACCGGCCACAAAGACAUCAUCACAUUGGACAACGCAUACCACGGCCACGUUUCAUCCCUCAUUGACAUCAGUCCGUAUAAGUUCCACCAGCUGUCAGAUGCAGAGAAGAACCAAUCUGUCCAUGUGGCUCCAAGCCCAGAUGUGUACAGAGGCAAAUACAGAGCGGACCACCCCGACCCUGCCAAAGCGUAUGCAGAUGAUGUCAAAGACAUGAUAGAAAAAGUCCAAGAGAAAGGAGGAAAGAUUGCAGCUUUUAUUGCUGAGUCACUGCAGAGUUGUGGCGGGCAGGUCAUCCCCCCUGUGGGCUACUUCCAGAAGGUUGCAGAACAUGUGCGAAAGGCAGGAGGUGUUUUCAUUGCUGAUGAAGUCCAGGUGGGUUUUGGGCGUGUUGGCACCCACUUCUGGGCUUUCCAGCUUCAGGGAGAGGACUUUGUGCCUGAUAUUGUCACCAUGGGAAAACCUAUAGGCAACGGUCACCCCAUGUCCUGCGUGGUCACAACCAAAGAGGUGGCUGAGGCCUUCAUGCAAACAGGAAUGGAGUAUUUCAAUACAUUUGGCGGUAACCCAGUGUCGUGUGCCAUCGGUCUGGCUGUGCUGGACGUGAUUGUGAAAGAGGAUCUGCAGGGAAAUGCGCUGCGUGUGGGCCGGUACUUGACUGAUCUGCUGGAAAAGCAGAAAGAGAAGCAUCCACUGGUUGGUGAUAUUAGGGGGCGUGGUCUCUUUGUUGGAGUGGAGCUUGUGAAAGAUCGGCUGAAGCUAACUCCUGCUACAGCAGAAGCUCAAGAAGUCAUUUAUAAGUUAAAGGAGCAGCGCAUUCUUCUCAGCGCAGACGGACCUCAUCGCAAUGUGCUCAAAUUUAAGCCUCCUAUGUGCUUCACGACAGAGGACGCUGACCUGGCAGUGGAGCAGAUCGACCGCAUUCUUACAGAGCUGGAGAAGGCCUUAGGCAUGAAGUUGCACAAUGUUUUGAAUGUAGAGAAUGGAGGCAGCAAAAGAAAGCUGACACCUGAUGAAAAUGGACACCAGCAUCACAGUGGGUUAGCACACAACAAAGGGAGCAGUCAAGGAGCUUCCCAACAAACUAAACAAACCAAACGCCUCAGGACAUAAUGUAAUGACAGCAAAUAAGCUUUUGCAUAGGUAAAAAAAACACAGUUAUAGAAAAUAACCAUGUAUGAAAUCAACAGAAAAGCUUUAAUUUAAAAAAUAAACUAUAGUUAACAUAUAGAAGUGUCUUCUCAGGUUUUUCUAAUUACAUAGAAAGUAAGCUAUGUCUUUAACAUAGAGAACAACUUUUAUGGAUUUACUAUGGUGCUAAAAUUAUUAUUGUGUAAUUAGUAAUGCUACACAAACUGUUUAUUCCUUAUUUUAAUUCAUGCCAACAUUCAGUUGCCUGCAACGUCCAGGGACUCUUGAUUUUCUACAUGUACCUGUAGGAACAAACAUUUAUGUCUGUUUUAAUAUCAAAAAACAGUUUUUAUGAUUCUAACAAUGCUAACUUAAUCUAAACAUGUAUUUGCACAGAUUAUUGCACAUUUUGUAGUGAAUUGAUUGGUUUGGAAUAAAACACUGUCUGAAAAUUA